UUGUCCAUUCUCUCUCCUUCUCUCUCUCUCUCUCUCUCUCUCUCUCUCUCGGCUCACUGGUGAAGAGAAUCAACAAACAAAACGCAAACACAGAUCAAGAAAUUUAAAAUUGAAAUACAAAGAUUAUUAAGGAGCUGAAUCAGGAAGCAUUGAACUUUGAAGAGAAGCAACAAAGAAAUAGUGAGAGUGAAAAGCUUCUUGUUUGGGCAGCAAUGGCUAGUCUGCACAGUUUCUCUCUCCUCCUCCUGAUCUGCGCCUCAAUAUUGGCGGUGGGUUCGUCAAGUGAGGACCACCACCACCUCUCCUGGAUACCCGCCGCCGCCUCCAAGUCAGCCUGCAAGGGCUCCAUAGCCGACUGCGCCUUAGCUGCAGGGAACGAUGAGGUGGAGUUUGACAUGGACUCAGAGAUCAGCCGUCGCAUCUUAGCCACCAGCAACUACAUCAGCUACGGUGCGCUGCAGAGGAACACCGUGCCUUGCUCCAGGCGCGGCGCCUCCUACUACAAUUGCCAGCCCGGGGCCCAGUCCAACCCCUACAGCCGCGGCUGCAGCGCCAUCACGAGGUGCAGGAGUUAAUUUUUAACCUUUUUUUGUUUUUUUUAUUUUGGUUCAUUUGGAAUUGGAGGGGAUGUGUCAUUGUUUUUUUUAUUAAUUAAUGGAAAUAUGGAUGUUAUCAGAUCAUAUUUUGCAAUGUCUCUUGUAAAACUGAACAAUUUGGUAUCUUUUUCUUCAAAUUUUAUAGAUUUUGGCUAUCGAAUGAACCCUUAUUGAUA